AUGCACGUACUCGAAGUUUUAGCAGUGAGAACGCUACAGCAAUGCCAAGGAUUACUUGAGAGGAUUACUCAAGCGCAGUACAUUCAGCGCUCAACGCAGCCACCGCACUCGACGAUCAGCAAGCAUGUCCGACACACCCUUGAGCGGUUCCAAGUAUUUGUCGGAGGUGUCAAGAGUGAUGAAGCAAACGUAGAUACACUACUGGAUUUUGACGUAGUGGAGAAAAACCGGGCUAUAGAGUGGGAUAUCGACGCAGCGAGGUAUGUCCUCUCUAACCUCAUCACCUUCUUCGAUAAUGGCUUGGUGAGGCAGAGGCUGUAUAGACAGGUGCGGCUCACCAUACAUACGCCCACUCCUGUCAUUUUGAAUUCUACGUAUGCUAGAGAGCUGCAUUUCGUUAUCGUGCAUGCUAUACACCAUUACGCUCUAAUUCGCGCGAUCGCUGCCGGUGAAUUGCAUGUUGGGCUCGAUGACGGCUUCGGCCAUCCGCCAAGACAUAGCAAGAUGUGA